GUAGCAGUGCACCUAUACCAGCGUAGCUCGUUCUAAUCUGAACCAACCCAGCCGAUCUUUGAGGCUGUCUAAAUUAACCCCUGACUAUGUUCACAAUAAAAUUGUGCUUCUUAUAUUCGGGUUCGGCUCCCUCGCUCCUCAUUUUCUGUCCCUAAUCAGGUUCCACGCGCCAAGAUAAUGCUCUUCGGUUAUAAUUUCAAUGUUAGCAUUGAGUCUUCUUCGGCUGGCGUGCGAGAGCAGACGCGAAAUCUUCUCAUUCAACUAAGUCUAGAGAGAAAGGCCUGUGAAUAUUGGCCUAUCCUAUUUAUUGCUCAUAGUCUAGGGGGGAUUGUAGUAAAGGAGUCCCUCGUGCAAGCGAGACUUUGUAUGUCAUAUGGAACUAUCGGUGAAUCAACGAUUGGCAUAGCGUUUUUUGGGGCCCCUCAUCAAGGAUCUUGCUUAGCAUUGAUUGGGGAUGUAUUCGCUAAAGUUGUGAGAGCUACCCUAAGGAACCCGAGGAAUACUUUUAUGAAUGCCCUCAAAAGCGACGAUUUGUAUGCCCGGGAAAUAUCGUCAAAUUUUCAACAGCUACUUGAAAACUACCGAUAUCUGAAUUUCUGUGAGACUUUACCGUUGAAGAACUUUGGACUAGUGUGUUUGCUGCCUCGUGCUACGUAAAUUGUAAUAUUUAGACACUGCUGAUCUGUGAUAAGAUCGUGGAAAUGAGAGCAGCGACUCUUGGUCUUCCUGGUUCUCGCGAGACGGUAGUGGCUUUGGACGCUGAUCACGAACCCAUUUGCAGAUUUGCGAGCGGAGAUGAUGAUGGCUAUAAGAGUGUCUCUUCGCUGAUUGUCUGACUUGUAACAUCAGCAAAUGAGCCAUCAUUGAGAAGCUUCAGUACUACAGGGUCUACAUACGUUACUGAAGAAGUUGACGCAAACUAUUGUAUGUUCAUCAAGUAAGAUAUUGCAAC